CUGUCCUCGCUCUUGGUUUUGGGCCAGGCUAUAGGCGUGGAGACGAUAGAGCGAGAUGUGAUAGUCAUCGGCGGCGGCGGGAGUGGUGCAUACACCGCGGCAAGGCUAUUUCAGAAGGGAACUUCGGUGGCCUUGAUUGAGAAGCACGGUCGGCUUGGAGGUCAUGUCAAUACCUACAAAGACCCAGCCACCGGCGCGACAACUGACUAUGGUGUUGUUGUCUGGGCGAACAUCUCGGUCGUGACGAACUUCUGGAGUCAUUACGGCCAGCCGCUCAUCAGCCUACCAGGACAGGUUGGAACUGGUGCUAGAGCUGCUGACUUUCAAUCCGGCACCGUCCUUCCAGCAGCAGCAACUCAGCUGGAUCCAAAGGCUGUUGUCGGCAAUCUUACAGCCUGGAUUGCCGCACUUCAAAAAUAUCCUGGCCUGAUUUCGACUUUCGACCCUCCAUAUCCAGUGCCCGAAGAGCUGCUCCGGCCUUUUGGAGAAUACGUCCAGAAGCACAAUUUGCCACUUGUAGCACAAUUUGCGGCCAACUUUGGUCAAGGACAGGGCAAUAUUUUGGCUUUGCCAGCAAUAUACAUCUUCAAGUCAUUCGAUGUCCACCAAGCUCGGGCUCUUCUCGAUGCUCCAUUCCUCGUCAGCCCUACAGGUAACACCCAGGCGCUGUAUGAUAAGGUACGGGACGAACUUGGAAACAACGUCUUUCUGGAUACACGUGUGGAGAAGAUCGUGCGAACACAGGGUCGUGUCGAAGUGUUCGUGACAACUCCUUCGGGAUCGAAGCUCAUCAGAGGAUCAAAAUUGGUCAUGACUAUACCUCCUAAGCUCGAGAACCUAGGAUUCCUUGAUCUCGAUCAGGAGGAGCACGCGCUCUACGCUCGAUUCAACAACAGUUACUACUGGAAUGCCAUUGUCACGAACACUGGACUACCGGCCAAUGGAACUUUCAAUAACGUCGAUCCAAUGGCGCCGUUUGGGCUUGCAGCGCUUCCGUCUGUCUACACUCUACAGGGCACUGCCAGCAUUCCUGGCACGUUUCAAGUCUAUUUCGGCAGCAUUACACCAUUCACUAUCGAGCAAGUCAAAGAGCAGAUCAUUGCAACAAUAGCCAGGCUUCGCAAAGGCCUGGGCUUGCCGGACCCCAGCACGCCCACGAAAGUCGUGAAAUGCAAUUCGCACAAUCCGUUCCAUCUGACAGUCUCCAGUCAGGAUGUGGCAGACGGGUUCUAUAAAAAGUGGCUAGCAUUGCAGGGACAUCGUAAUACGUAUUGGAACGGAUUCUCGAUGGUCAAGGCAGCAUCGUAUCCAAUCUGGAAUUUCACGGAGGUCGAGCUACUUCCGAAGCUCAUGAAA